AUGUUUAUUAAAGAAGAAUAUUCAAGAAAUAAAGAAUUGGCAUCAAUAUCACAACUAUCAUCAUCUCAAGAAUCAGCAUCAACAUUGUUUCAAGAGUCAAAAUCACUUCAAGAUUCAGAAUUAUAUCAAGAUUCAGAAUCAUUUCAAGAAUUAGAAGAAUUAGAAUUAUCCCAAGAAUCAACAUUAUUCUCAGAAUUAGCAUU